AUGCACCACUACUCCAUGGAACCGACGCCGUUACUCUCGGUGCUCAAGGUGGUAAGUCCAACUUUUAAUUCAGCGAUUUUAAAUUACUUUGUGAAAAAAAUUUUUUUGGUUUUUUGCUGUGUGAAAUAUUUUGUAUGAGUGUCGUGUAGUCGCGGCAAAAAGUCCUUGGAAUUUUCUCCGACUCCGCACCGUGCAUGAGCUCGAAAAAACAUUUUGCACCGUGCAUCCGGCCCAAAAAGCGCUCUUGCACAGUGCAGUUUUGUUUUUUGCCUUACGUCGCGCGCGAUCCCCAUUUUCCGCAGCGACAGAUCAAUUUUUUGAAUUGCCACGGAAUUUGGGGGCCUCCGAAAAUUCCAAGGAUUUUUUGCACUGUGCAAAACUCUAGGCUUUUUUGCACUAUGAAAUUGCACUGUGCAAAACUCUAGGCUUUUUUGCACUAUGAAAUUGCACUGUGCAAAACUCUAGGCUUUUUUACACUAUGAAAUUGCACGGUGCAAAACUUUUUACGCUUUUUUACACUAUGGAGAACAGAAAUAGUAUCGUAUUGUUGUCGAUGAAUUAAUGAUCCGUUAGAAUAUAUAAUAUGUAUAUAGAAAUGGCAAGUCAUCAAAUUCCAUGCGAAAAAGUUAAAAAUAAAAAAUGAUUGAGGAAGUGCUGACCGUGCGACAUAAUAAAGUGCAGGUUACAUGGAGAGCUGGAGAGAAAACUUAUUUUGGUCAUACUUUUGCCAGUUUGGCGUGGAAAAAGCUGGAUUUUUUUCUUUAAUUAUUACUUCAUUAAUUUCAAAAAUCAAAAAAGUGUUGAAUUUUUGUCAAUUUUCGUCCAAAAAAUAUUGCACUUUAUUAAAGUUAAAGACAAAACAUAAGGUAAAAAUCUCGCAUACAAAUGACGAACGCUUAAUCUUAAGUUUACAAAGUUUUAUCAAGAUAUGCACGUCCAACUGUCACCAUUUUUAUCUUAAGAUUAUCUUUUCCCAAUUUUUUUAUUCGCCCUUUCUUAGCAACUUUUUUUGAUGUUUGCUCUGCCAAGACCUUGUGAUGGAAACCGCACAUUUAAGAAUGGCUUCCGAUGGAAAUUAAAAGUGAAAAUUGGGGAAGGCCUAAAGCAGUAGUAUUACUAGAAUUAGUGGCAUUACUUUCAUUUUGAGCGAGUUUCAUUUGCCCAAACACGACGCUGACAUUUGUUUGAUGAUGUAGAUGUAAUACCUAAAAUUUAAUGUCAUUUAAAUACAGUAUUAUUUACAAUAAAUGCUGCUGAAAAGUAGCGGUUUACAAGUCAUUUUUUAAAGUUUUUGGUAGUAGUAUUAGAUUGUAAAUUACAUUUUUCAAAUUUUUGGUAAGUUUGGACUCUCUCCGAAAUUAGAAUUAUCCCUUCUUUAUCCCCAUCUUUGGCCCUAUAAAAGAGCGGUUUAUGACAUUUCCUGGUUCAGAAAGGGCAAUUCCUCUCGAAUAUAAAUAGAAGAAUGGCGGUGAAAAGUUUCGUCUGCCCAGGGUAAUAGAUUAAACUUGAGGAAGAGACCUUAUGUAAACUAUCUUCUUUUUGAUUACAGUUUUUUUGAGAUCCCGAAUUUAUGUAAAACUUGAAGUUUUCUCUUUUCUCAUUGAGCUUUUCUUGAUCUCAAAAUAUCAUUUUUACACCUCGUUUUGAGAGUAAAUAUCUUUUUUUCACGAUUUUGUAAUAAAAGCUCUUGAGCCACACCAGUCGUGAGCCUUGAAAGCAGUGUAAAACCUCACAAAACUCUCGGAUAAGCUAUAAUUUAACCCAAACAUGCAAUUUUUUCAUGUGCAAAAGUGUUUUAGACGUUUUUAUUUUAGCUUCUUUGGUCUUUUUGCCGAAGUAUAUCUACCGUAGUUUUUUGACAUAGGAACUGCAAUAGGAACUGCAACACACUUGUUUCAGUUUUCCAUCGUGCAAGUUGAGGAGGAAAAAUGAUUUCCGGGGAUACGUAUUCUUGCGGAUUUUAGAUUAGAAAAAUUGCUUUCUACAUACGAAGAUUGUAUGUAAUAGACAGUAUUCCUUUUUGCAACAAACUCCUAUUCAACAAUACUUGUCUACAACGAACAAUUUUAGAGGUCUCAGGAGGAAAUUUUAGGCCAAAAUUAACCCGUAUAUCAGUCUGUCGGGAAAAUAGUGAGCACUAUGUCGCAUCGAAAAUCACACUGUCACCGAGAAAAAAUGAACUGUGUCGCGGCAAAAUCAAAUUGCUUUUCGUUUCAGCGACGCGAUUGGUAAAGAGACUUUUUUUAUUUUAUUUUUUCAAUGUCUUUAAAAAAUUUUUUUUUAUUAUUGGUUGUAAUAAGUGUUUUAUUCUUUGUUAAUUCUUAUUUGGUAGGAGAGGUAAAUUUUGUAUUUUCCCGACAGACUGAUACAAAGCGACCCAUCGAAAGGGUGGGCCACUCGAAACGGGUAACUUUUUUCUUUGAAUUUCUUAGCGGAGACUCCGCCGAUUUUCCUUAAAUUUGGAAAGGCAUAGAAAGGUCAAUUCAAAAUACAUUUUUUUUAAAUUCAAUAGCGGCUCUCAGCUCCAGAAAAAUCUAAAUUUUAGGGAAAUCGGCAGAGUCUCCGCCGAGAAAUUCAAAGAAAAAAGUUACCGGUUUCGAGUGGCCCACCCUAUGCUACAAGUAAAUUUUUUUACUCUCUGCGAUUCAUCGUACAGAGGGCUUACUGUACUCUUGAAACAGAAUGCCAAAAUUUCCCUGAAAUUUGCAAUAUUGCGUCGAAUCUCCACAAACUUUCGGCCCUUAACUCUCCAUUCCUCAUGGAAAGUGCAGACCAAGAACCUCGCGGAUGUCUUAACAAAAAUUGACACUGACUUGUGUCACGUUCGUCUUCACAGAGCCAGCCAAAGAACACGUAUCCUCGACCUUUCCCACCCCGUAUAUGCACUUGAUCGUUGGUUUAAACCGGCGUCGAAAAUUGUUACCGGGAACGGCACGCGGCCCCCAAAAAGUCGUAAAAACGAGGGGGGUUUGGGCAAAUAUUAUUUUAGUAAUUGAAUAGAGUGCGGGCGCCGGCUUUUUACAGCCAGGCUAAUUAAAUAUAUUCCGCAUAACUUCUGUCCGCUUCCUCGUGCAUACAUUACCCCUGAAGGCAUUAAUUUCGAGUCCUUAAAAUACGUGAAAACUCUGCGGGAGACUACUUAAUUAUGAUUUAUACUUCUUUUUACUGUUUUUUAGGCUUUUGCUGUCUACUAAAUUAGCUUAAAGUAAAAUUUAUCGCCAUUUUCAGUCAUUAUUUUACAAAGAUUUUAAUAUUUUUACAUUUUUUGGGGCUAAAAAUUGCAUUUUGCAUUGGAAAAGAUUAAAAGUUGACCCAAAAUUUCCAAGAGUCUUUACUUUUUUUUUACAAUUUUUUUUCAAAAUUAGAAUGCCCAUUGUCCAAAAAUCUCGCGUAUGUCUUAAUUUCGAAUGCUCCGAAAUACGUUUUCGUCUUGCGGUAACCCUCUAAAGAGAGCUUUGAUGACUAAAAACGAAUAAGGUGGGAAGAAAAAUUACUUUUUUCGAUGUGAAUUACCAGACGAAAAAAUUUGCAAAAAGUCAUGUAAAAUAUUCUAAAUUGCACCUGAAAAAUGUGAUGACAUUUUGAACAUUUGUGCUUUCAUAUUUUAUACUCUAGUUCCUGUUUCGAUUUGCCGUCGAUAAGCUUGUUGUAAAAUACGGAAGAGUGAUUUAUGGGUUUAAAUUUUUAAGGGAGCAUUUUUGAACUUUCACUUUACAGAAGGAAACAAAUGCUUUCAUAGGGGAAUGGCGCAACCUUUCAUUUGGGGCUGAUGUGGUAAAGAUCGAAUUUUUAUAGCCAAUGUUGCAAAAUUUUUUGACUGGCCAUCCCAAUUGUUUUUGUAAUUUUGCUAGCCAUAAAGGUUGAUGGACUAGCCGAGGUGUUGGAAAAUAGCAGCCAAAUUCUGCAAAUCGUUAUUUGAUAUGGCAAAAAACGUACCAUUUUGUAUCCAGGAAGUAUCAAAAAAUGUGGCAAAAUACCUCCCUCUCCAAGUGAAAGAACUCAAAUUUCAUAAGCGCGCCGCACGUCAAACUGAGGAGUCCGGUGACCGGAAUAGACUCUUCGCUAUCGGUUUUUUACACUUCUUCUAUUUCGCAGAGAAAGAGAGAAAAAAUACGCGCAAAAACGUACUCUCUCGCCCCAAAAAUUCCCCAUUUCUCCCCCGACAAAGCAUUUUUUUUUUUUUUUGACAAAUUGUCAACCCAUUCACCGGACUGCUUUUGCUUAUCUCAGUUUGACGUGCGCCGCUCUUUUUGUGAAGAAAAAGGGCGCGCCCUUCAAAACAGAGUUUUUUUUAGUUGGAGAGGGAGGCAUUUUGCUACAUUUUUUCAUACUUCCGGGAUCCAAAAUGAUACGUUUUUUGCCACUGGAUCAGGUCCGCCACUGUAAUUUUUUGCCACAAAGUCUCAGGGUAAAUUGCACUAAAAAUAUCUGUGUCCUCAAAUUUUUCACUUUUUAUAACGUUGUAAAAUACGUAGCAGAGGAUUGCACCCCCACUGCAGGGGUGUAAAAUAUUUCACAUGCCAACUAAAUCCGAUAGCUUGACCAUUAACUGGCCAAUCCAUUUUAUGACUAUAGUAAUAUACGGGAUUUCGCCUGAAAACUAUUAAUAUUGAACUUGAACUUGAGGUUUGAAUUUUGUGGAGUCCUGACCUCGGCUACGCCCCAAAAAUAAACUCUAGCAUCUUCAGGAAUUAAUAAAAUGUAGCCUAUAGGCACAGCGUGUAUGUAGAAUUUAAGGCUACGUUAAGAUUAACCCCCAUUUUGGUGUUAAUUUUUAAGGUAAUCACCUUCUUUUUUAUCAAGCAAAACGUUCAUUUGCACCAUUAUAUUCGUAAAUAAUCUCAUUUAAAGCUCUACGAAAUAACAUCUCCCCGAUAAAUAAUUAUAUAGGCCAAUUGCUAAUCCGAUUAUCCCAAUUUUCUACGUCACCGUCUCUUGGCUUCCCUAACUUUAUAUUUCCCUAUUUUUGUCCCUCAAACACUCACAAAAUGCCAAAGUUUUAUCGUAUUUUAGCCCCCGCAUGCUCAAACAAUUGCUUUUCACUCACAAAAGUCUUAAUUGUCCUAAGGGCAUUAAUCCAUUUUUGUGGGCUACAAGUUGUCCAGAUGAAAUUCGGAUAACUUAUCCGCGGAUUUAUGAUAUCUACGUGGAAAUUAACGCGUAAUCCGGAGAUUUGAAAAAGUCAUUUAUCUGGAGGAAGUAUUUACUGCCCUAUCGACGACAUAUUUUUGGGAGAUUUUUCCCAAAAAGGGCGUCUUUGGAGAUUAUACGAAGUUGUGGGCGGAGCCAGGUGUUUUUUCAGUUAGUUUUUACUCUUUAUUGCUAAAGAAACCCGUAAAAAGCAAAGUUAGCGGUGCCGAAGGAUGAUUGCCAUUUUUUCGAACACUUGGGGAAUUAAAUGCCAAAGGGGAUGUAAUCUAAAAAUAAAAAAAAAAACAAAAGAGCCUGGCUUUAGAGAGGUGUAGAAGGAGGGUCUUGCAUUUUUAAGAGAUUUGUGCAGUCUGGAAAAGUAAUCGCGUCAUUUAAAUUGCGUGCUAAUGUUUGUGGGUUCACAGUGUUUUUGCAAUUGUCUUCAGAAUUUUGCUUUUUUUUUGUAAUAGAAAGUUUUUGUCAUUUAGAUGAAAUACUUGAUUUUUUUGCAAAAUAAGGUAGUUCUGGCUAGGGAAUGAAUAGAUUUUUUUUAUACUUUUUAUCGAAAAUCUGUAUAGAUCACACUUGAACCACCCAAAAUUUUAACUUUUAUUUGCAAGGGCAGUUUAGAUAUUCAAUGCUUUGACUCCUCAUAUAAAAAAUUUACAAUAGAACGAGCAGCAAUCACUGUAGAGCAGGGCUCCAUUUAAAAGUUCCAACUCAAGUUUAAGCUCGCGAACUCAUCGAAACUUCUAACGUUUGCCCAAAAAAUCUUGGCCUAGAUAAUGAUUAUAGACCAAUUUUUCCCAACAGAGAUUUGUAGAGAUCACUCUACAAAUCUAGAUAACAGUAUUCUUGCAGACGAGAGACUAGGAAAAAUGAGGAGAGACGGAAAGAAAAAAACUUUUGAAUUAUUCGCGAGGCAAAACUCCUCGCGAACGAUGCUUUGAGAAAUACCGGACAUACUAUGGCAAUUUUUGACAACUAGAAUAUCAUUUCUGUAAAGCGCGAGUUAAAAAAUUAGAAAUUAGAGAUCUUUUUAGGUAAAAAUUUUGACAUGAACGCAGUUGCUCCAAAAUGUCACCACAAAAUUUUUUCCUUGAUGAAUUUUUGGCGGGUUUUUCAAUUUUCACAUUUUUAUUCUUGAAAUAAUUUAUCCACUAUAUUUCUGGAGGACUUUCAAUAGUCAUAAUAAAACUCUCAGCAUACUUUCGGUCAGUAUCUUAAUUUUCAAAAUAUGAUAAAAGUCGGCCAUCUGUCGACUGAUGGCUUGGCUGACUUUGAUCCUCAAAACAAAUUUUGAUCUUUGAUUAUUUUCCCCGGCUGCUUUAGAAUUCAUUUUACUGUACUUUAGAUAACAUACAUAUUCCUUCUUUUGUUACCUGCUUUUCACAAUUUGUCAUCCCAAUUUUUAUGAUAUUAUUUACCCUGCCCCCAGACGCCUUUAGAAUUAUUAUUUCCGCUUCUGUCGAAUAAUCGUCUUUUGUCCGCACAGACAUCAAUUUUAAUACCCGCUAUGUAGCUCCAAUUUGUAUCCGUUUUUACCUCAAAAUUACUCAUUUCCUUCAAGACUUUUACGGUUUAACAUUUCGAUUAUGUCCUGCGGGGAUUAAGAGGGAAAUUGAAGUUACGUCUCUGUUACGUAGCGGAUGUGGAUGGAAUUGUAGUGCUGUUUAGAAUCUUGCUGGCGCUUUAUUUACUGGAAACGAGGGUUUGUAGUGUGUGACUUUUGGUGGGGAAGUUGUAAUUACUUUAUGACGACGAGUUGGUAGAGAAAUUUUGCUUUUCUUGUGAGUUUUUGGUUUAGAAUUGAAGACAGGACGUUUUGAGAGGGUAGAAGCAACUUUUUUUUGGCUUGGGAUCUUCCAAAUAAGGGCUAAAACUCCAAGAUUUUUUGGUCGAAAUUAGUGUCUUACACUUUAUAAACUUUUUUUUGGAAAUACUACAAUAUUUUCUACACUAUCAUUUUUGUAUUGCAACGAUUGUUGACUGUCCUGUCCGUCUCUGCAAAACGCACUCUAAGAAUUUCAGAGAUGAUAGCAAUUAGAUUUUUCGCCAAAAGUGCCAAAGAAAAUAACAAAAUAGAGGCUCUAAACUACAUGUACUCCCACACAGUAAACAUGGUUUGCUCUCUUUUUUUUUGAUUUUCUGUAGAGACGUUAGAGUUUACUUUUAUAAAAUUGAUGACAUUGCAAGGAUUGGCUAAAAUUUGACGUGAAUUUUGGUGUCGCGACAAAGCAACCAUUUCGCGGGCAGCCGACAUUUACCGAUUAGAAUUACGAUUUGUCUACCGAAAUCUACGUAUUAGGAUGUCCCAUAAGUCUUGAGUAUGUAUUUUUGAGUCGUCGAUUUGUGCGAAUUUCUGUGAGUUUUGAAACGCAUUGCGAGAUAUGUUGAACAUAAGGUUUUGAAGCUCAGAAAUUGCGCUUUUAAACCGUGUAUGGCAAGGCUGCAAAAAAUCGACUUUCUACCCGCCUUAGUCAAUAUUGUACUAGACAUUAAAACAAUGUAUGAUUCCUGAUAUUAAAAUGGGUAUAUGCUUAGUAAAAUUUGAUGUGUACGCCUACUAAGCGCGAAAAUAGAACGCACAAGAGCCCUAUAUGUUAUUUUUUCAACGCGAAAGCAAUCUUUCUUUGAGCAUGAUGACAAAGAAACUCAAACUUUAAGCAAAAUGAUGGGCUGCAAUUUUGAAAUGCUAAGAAAAUUGAAUCCUUUUUUCAUUGUUUUCUUUCGCAAAUUUCCUUAAAAUUGACGAAUCGAAGCCCUCUAAGAAUCCACACCGUAAGUACUUAAUUGUGCAUCGCGUAUGUUGCACUUUUCGUGUAAAUAAAACAAAGCCCUACAACUAAUAAUGAUAUAGGUUUUUGGGCUUGUAGAAUCUCUAGGAAAUAAUUCGAAAUUUAGUUUUUGUAGAGCCUACUUUCUUACAGAUGCUGUUUUAUUAUGUUUUUAUAAAUUUUUCAAAUGAAAAUUUUUUAAUAAAAGCUAAAAAAAUGGUAAGUUAUAUACGGAAUAUAUUGUAAAAAAUGUUCAAAAUAGCACUGUUAAUUUUACUAUGCUCAAUUCUUUUCUAUGUCUGUAAAAACAUGCUAGAAAUAAGGCAAAAUAUGCCAUUUAGGUUGUAAAAAUUGCUGCCUGUGGCUGAUGGACUGGCAAUGAACGUCAAUAUAGGCAAAACAAAUCGUAUUUUACCCUAAUAUACGUUGUCAAAAAUUCCUCAUUCUAUUUCAGCCCUUUUUUCCCAUAUUUUCCCCACAUUUUCUCCCCCAAUUUGAUCUUUGAAUUCUCCCGAAAAAUGUCGCGAAAUGAAAAAAAAGAAUUUCCUCUUGGUCUCUUCAGCAAUAUGAUUCCGCGCGUACGUUCACAUCAGAUGCAUCUGAAGCGAAUGGAACAACUCCGUUAUCAGGUUGGACACAGACAUUUAAUGGCCUCGAAUUAGGCGGUGGGAAAAGGAGGGCCGACUUUCCUUUAUUUUUUUUGUCGUUCUUUCUGUCGAUUUAUUUUCUGUUUUUCCUUGGAUUGAAGUGCAGAAUUGGAUUUGGCCGAGAUUUUGGGCGAUUUUAAUUUCAUUUUUGCAAGCUUUUUUGGGGAAAUUUGAGGCAAAAAAUUGUUCGAAUUGCAAGGCUUUAAUUUUGAUGACAUUUGGUAUAGCUUACAGGGGAAGUGCUCCAAGUGCGACGCUCAGAUUUCGAUGAAAUUUGGCACAAAAUUAGAAUAAUUUUUUCUAAGAUAUAUGCGAGAAUCCUAGCUCGCGCUUUGCAGAAACAACCAAGAUUUUUAGAUCGAAAGUCGGCCAAAAUUUAGGACUUUUUGCAGAAUUUCGGCACGAAAAGUUUCAUGCCUAUUUCUCCCGUAGAGGAUAAUGUUUCUACAAAAAAUCAAAAUUUUCCGCACGAAACUGCCAAAGUUAUGGCCAAAAAGCGUUUUUCUCUCUGACCGCUCCCCACGUUUAGCGUGAUCUCUCGACGGCAAAAAUCGUUCGAUAUCUCGGCGACGCCGCAAAGCGCGAGCUAAAACUUUCAGGAAUUGAUAUUUAGUCCAUACCCGACGUGUGUGCAAAAUUUAAAGAAAAUUUAAGCGUCGCACUUGGAGUACUUCCCCUGUUAGAUUAGAUCUUUCUACAAAAUAUGCCUCAUUUUUCGCUGGUGCUUUGCAAAAACCACUCGAGUUUUUUGAAAUUUUCAAAAUUAAAAUAUGCUUUCAAAUCUACCAGAUUCCGGGUUCUACAAAAAAUUUGCCUUUUUAGUGGAAAUUGGUAAAGAUAUAAAGCCAAAAAGUUUUUGUCAUUUCGUCUCUUAAUUUUGCCUGCUCUCUCGAAAAUGAUUGUUGAAUACCCCGGGGGCGACUGCAAAUUGUGGGCUAAAAUUUUCAGGGAUUGAUGUGUGUUUUGUAAGUAAUAUGUGAUAAAAAUUUGAAGGAACUCCGAGCAUUGCACUUUACACGCGUCUCAUUUGAAUGAAUUUUGGAUAAAGUAUCAAAGUUCGCCAAAAAAGCUAUUUUUUCCAGUAAAAAAAUAAUUUCUUUUGACUACUCUGCUGACUCAAAUUUUUCUAAAUAUGAAAUGUAACCCUAUACUCUACAAAAAACGCUGAUCUCAGACCCUCAUCCCCCAAAAAUUUCGGUCCAAAUUGAAUCCCAAUACAGUUAGGUCCCACUUCCUUGUCCCUCCAUAUUCCAGACGACUAUUUACUCGGGCAUCGGAAAAGAAUUGCAUAAUUAGUUAUUUAAGAGUAACAUCAACUCCUCCUCAUUCGCCGGCCUCCAAAAGUCGGGUUAAAUUAUUAAACAGGAGCGAUGAAAGAGUUGUGGGUUACGUAUCUGCCCUCCAAAUGCAAAUCCAGCACGGAAAUUUAUGUGGUACGUCAUUUUGGGGGUUUUUGUGAAUAUUUGAAUUGAGUAGCAAUGGGAAGAGAGGGGUGGAUGGGCUGUAAUUUUUGAGGUUCCAAAUGACUUUUGGAGGGCAAAUUGAUAGAAAAAUUAAGGAAAAAGUCAGUGGGGCCAAAAUGAUUUUUGAUGACUAUUUGGAAGUUGAUUGGUCAAUUCCUUGCGCGGCAACGCUCGGAUUUACUUUAAAUUUUGAGUAUAUUAUCUACGUAGAAAACGAAUCAAACCCUAAAAAUUUCAGUUCAUUCUAUGCAGGCGCAACCGAGAUAUUCAACGAUCUUUGUGCUUGAACAUCAUGAUAUAUAUAUUUAUUUGAGAGAGUACGGAAAAUAAAGAGACGUUAAGAGAAAAUUGUUUUGGCAAUAUUUUUGCGAAUUUUGCGUGCGAAAUUUUUUAUUUUUCUUUGAAAAAUGACAUUCCUCAUGUGAUGCGGAAUGCAAUAUUGUUUCGCCUAAUUUUUGGAAUUUUUCCGAAUUUUGGUAAAAAAUAUCUUGAUGUUUUUUGCAAAACUGGAGCUGUAAAUUUGGCAUAUUUGUUUGACAUUUUUUUGCUUGAAUUUUUGUCCAAAUUUUGACUAAAUUUCGGAGUCAGAUUUAAAGAUUUUUUACCCAAGAUGGACCUGAUUUUAGCUUAAAAAAUAAAAUUUUUAGAAUUUUGAGUGACUUUUUUUAUCUCUUUCGAAUGCCGCUUCAGUAAAUCAUCCGUAUUUUACCUUUAUUUUUAGAUUUUAAUUUCGAAGCUAAUCAAAAAAAAUUUUUUUUUUAUUUUUUUCACUCCAAAAAAUGAAUGAUGCCAUUUUCUUUUCAAACUCCCAAAAAUGUUAUUCAAAACACUUUCUAUGGUAACUUUACCGGCUUAUUCGUCAUUUCAAUAGCCAAUUUUUGUUCUUUCGUCGCCCAAAUUAUCAUCAUUUUCAUGUUCCGAAACUACCGAAAAAUUGUCCAAACAAAGUCAUUACUUUGUAAAUUCGGCAAAAAUAAACUCUUGUAAAGUAAUUUAAAGUGCUUUGCCAGGGAUAAACAUCUCUUUUUCGAGUAUUUUUGAGUACUUUUCCUUCCCAGAAACCGGUUCUUCGCGUGACCGCCUGACCGGUUUAUUAAAAACGACACGAAGAGCCUAAAUUAUUCAAAUUUUUUGUGUCUAAAAAUUAAUAACAGUAAGGAAUGGGUGUUGAAUGUAAUUUGUUGUGUAUUGUGGUCAUAUUUAGUCGUAUUUUACGUUUUUUUGGUUAAAUAAAAAAUCAAAAUUUUUUGCUUUUUUCAACAAAAAUCGUGUAAAAUAAAUUUAUGACCGUAUUUCAGACCAAAUCCCAAGAGAAACCGCCGGUAAUCGUCUCAAAUGGAGGGCUAGAGGCGAAUGAAGUCAUGGAAAUGAUCCGCUUGAAUGUCGGAGGAAGGUCCGCACAACUGGCCGUCGAAACUGUAAGUGCACAGUGCGAAAGGAAAGCUGGGAAUUUGCACUGUGCGAAAUUUUGAGUUGUCGCACCGCGCGAGUUGUCGCGCGAUGCGACAAUUCGGACAUUGCACAGUGCAAAGAUCUGUAAAACCCAUUGCACAGUGCGAAAAAAAACUCGACAUUUUAGGAUCGCACAGUGCAACAUUUUUUUGCACUGUGCAAAAGGAAAGCUGGGAAAUUGCACAGUGCAAAGCUUUGAGAAAUUUCUCUUGCGCGAUGCGACAACUCGGACAUUGCACAGUGCAAGGAUCUGUAAAAACAAUCGCACCGUGCAAAAACAAACUCGACGUUUUGGGGUCGCACAGUGCAACAAUUUUUUUUGCACAGUGCAAAAGCAAAGCUGGAAAUUUGCACUGUGCAGUUUUGAGAAAUUUGAGAUUUCAGCGAUGCGACAACCCGGACAUUGCACAGUGCAAAGAUAAAAAUCUUCGCAACGUGCAAAAAACAAACUCGAAAUUUUGGGAUCGCACAGUGCGAAGAAAAAAAUUUUUUUGCACAGUGCAAAAGCAAAGCUGGAAAUUUGCACUGUGCAAAAUUUUGAGAAAUUUGAGAUUUCAGCGAUGCGACAAUCCGGACAUUGCACAGUGCAAAGAUAAAAAUCUUCGCACCGUGCAAAAAAACAAACUCGGACUUUUGGAUUCGCACAGUGCGACGAAAAAAUUUUUUUGCACAGUGCAAAAGGAAAGCUGGAAAUUUGCACUGUGCAGUUUUGAGAGAACUGAGAUUUGCGCGAUGCGACAAUUCGGGCGCUGCACAGUGCAAAGAUAAAAAUCUUCGCCCCGUGCGAAGAACAAACUCGAAAUUUUGGGUUCGCACAGUGCAAAAUUUUUUUUGCACUGUGCAUAAACAAAACUUGUGGGAAAAAUAAUUUCAAAUUUCGUUCGAUUUGCAAAACGGUGCAUAGAUUCGAAUUUUUUGCGAAUUUUUUUAUUUGUAAUCGCACUGUGCGGUCUGAAAAAGAUGAUUUCACAGUGAAAAACAUAAAAAAAGAGGUAACUGCACAGUGCAAAAAAGUUUUCUUUGAGAAAAAAUUUAGACUUUUUGGGAAAAAUUUUUUAUUUUUGACAUACUUUUGGUGACAUUGUUAAAAAAAUUUUUUAUUUUUUGCAAAAAUUAAUUUCUAUACCAGUGUUAACUCAAAUUUCUCCAGGUCAAACUGCGGAUGGACGGCUCUCGGUUGGCGAUGUUUUGCGAGAAAAAUCACAUUGAACGACUAACAGAAUGCGACUCCUAUUUCGAGCAGUCCAACGAGUACUAUUUCGAGAAAAGCCCCACCAUAUUCGAAUAUGUUAUUGAUUAUUACAUUACCGGUAAACUGCAUCGGCCCAUGGAUGUGUGUCCGAUCAGAUUAAGGGACGAAUUCGAAUAUUGGAGACUGCCUUUGAGCAGUAUGUCAGCUUGUUGUCGAUUGGAGGACCCUUCCGUGAAGAAAGGGCAUUUUGGAAGCAAUGAUGCGGUAAGUUGUGGGUUGUUGUAGUAGUAAUAGCUAUCAAAAUCAGGUCUUAUUUUCAGAGCUUUAAGUUAUUUUUUGAGGCCAAAAAAUAAGAGUGAAAAAUCAAAAAAUCCCUAUUUUUUCGACAAGUUUUUCAUUUGACGGAAAUUGAAAAAAAUAUUUAAAAUUUCCUUGAAUAUAUAAUACAUCAUUUAAGACAUUUUAUGAACGGUUUCUUGAAAGAAUCCAUAUUAGACUCCCCGUAUUUUACCAUGAAAAAAACACUUUAAAAACUCUUUUUUUUUAUUUUCCCUUUUCCAUUUAUCAUCAAAAAUCAAAAAAAUUAACAGGGGAAGUACCCCAAGUGCGACCCUCAGAUUUUGAUGAAACUUGGCACAAAAUUAGAAUAUUUUUUUCUAAAAGAUAUGAGAGAAUCCUAGCUCGCGCUUUGCAGAAAUAACCAAGAUUUUUAGAUCGAAAGUAGGCGAAAAUUUGACACUUUUUGCCGAAUUUCAGCACGAAUAGUUUCAUGUCUAUUUCUACCAUAGAGGGUAAUAUUUCCACAAAAAAUCAAUUUUUUCCGCACGAAACUGCCAAAGUUAUGGCCAAAAAAUGUUUUUCUCACUGACCGCUCUCCGCGUUUAGCGUACUCUCUCGGCGCAAAGAUCGUUCAAUAUCUCAGCGGCGCUUGCAAAGCGCGAGCUAAAACUUUCAGGAAUUGAUACUUAGUUCAUGACCGACGUGUGUGCAAAAUUUAAAGAAAAUCUGAGCGUCGCAAUUGGGGAGACUUCCUUUGUAAAUUUAAAAAAAUCCCAAAUUCCAGCUCCACCUCGAAGACGACGGUACCUUCCAGUUUUUCAUUUGAUGAAAGUUGAAAAAAUCCUAUGAAAAUUUUCGAAAGUAUAUCAUAGAUUUUUAAAUUUUAAAUUUGACAUCAUCUAGAACACUUUUUGAAAUGCCUCGUAUUUUACCAUGAAAAAAAAAUUUUUUUUAAAAACUCGUUUUUUAAAAUUUUCCUUUUCCAUUUCCCGCCAAAAAUCAAAAAAAUUCAAAUUCAAAAAUCCCGAAUUCCAGCUCUACCUCGAAGACGACGGUACCCUCCAACUUUUCGAAAAAGUCAUCAUGGGGAAACAGCGGCGGAACGCCUACGAAUUCCUCGAGAACCCGCGCUCCUCGUCCGCCGCCAAGGUGUGGAGCAUUGUGUCGGCUUCGUUCGUGCUCAUCUCCCUCUCGGGCCUCAUUCUGUCCUCCAUGCCCGAGUUCCAAAUGGACGACCUCACGCCGCACAUGAUGAUCCAGAUCACCGAAGUUUGCUGCAUGCUGUUCUUCACGCUCGAGUACACGUCGAGGUUCGUGGUGUCGCCGAGGAAGUGCCAUUUCGUCAAGCAACCGCUGAAUAUCAUCGACUUCAUGACGAUCAUGCCGUUCUUUGCGGAGGAGUUUAUGAGAAUGUUCGGGAUUCAGAAUGUGGAACUCAGGAAUUUGAGAGGUAAAAUACGGUCCACGCUCUCACAAGGGAAGUCACUUAAAUCACGGAUCGAUUUUGUAAAACGACUGUUACAGCGAUGGGGAGGGUAGGACGGAGAUACCAAAUCUGAAAACCGCUACCUCCACCGGCCUCUGGGAGCCGAGAUAAUCGACCAAAAAGUUUGACCAAAUUCGUCCGAACAUUUCUUCCUUCCGAAAGAGGAAAAGCCAGCGAACCAAAUGGUCCGGUGGUCUGGAAGCGCGCUUCCGGGCCUUAACCUUUUCAGGUUCGAAUCCGCGCGGGUCUCGAGCUUGUGAAAAAUUUAUAGAACAGUUGAUGUAAUCCAGUAAAUUUACUAGCAAUUUAUUUUUAGAUUUUAUGCCUAUUUUACGGUAAAUUUUCAACCUGGAAAGUUCAAAUGGUUUGGAAUUCGCAUUCAAAUUAUUACUCUGAAAUUUCGUAAAAUAUGCAAAAAAUCAAAAAUUUUAUCUUACCCGUAAAUUUACUGGAUUACAGGAAAAGUUUAAAAAAUUAUUUGACCCAUGCGGAUUCGAACCUGAAAAGCUCAAGGCCCGGAAGCGCGCUUCCAGACCACCGGACCAUCCGGUUCUCUGCCCUCCUUCUUUCGGAAGAGAGGACUAUUCGGAGCAGCUUUUUUUGGUCAAACCUUUUUGGUCGAUUAUCUCGGCUCCCAGAAGCCGGUGGAGGUAGCGGUUUUCAGAUUUGAUAUCUCCGUCCUACCUUCCCCAUCGCAGUAACAGUCGUUUUUAAAAAUCGAUCCGUGACUUAAGUGACUUCCCUUGUCAGCGAACUUUUUAUUUUUGAAGGAAAAACUAAAGACAAAUUAACUAUAGAAUUUUCUACCAUGUCUCCUAGAGUUACCGUCUGGGAUUUGCAGAAAUAAACGGGAUUUUUUUGAUCGAAAGUUUGCAAAAAAUAAAAACUUUUUUUUUCAAUCUUUAUGUUGAAAAUUAUAGGUGUUUUGAUGUAUAGAAUUUCAAAAAAAUAUAUGAUUUUUUUGACGAGAAACAAGGAAGUAAUCAGCGAAAAGUCUUUCCUCUAACCGGCUCUCCUAAUUUUGUCUGCUCUCUCAUAAAAACGACCGGUUUUUAAAUUAGAAUAUCUCGGCUGCCGGAAAAGCUCCGGCUGAAACUUUUGGAGAGUGGUUUGUGGACACAGUAAGGGACAUGAUUCAAUGGAAAAAAACGUGUCAUUUUGCAUUCGGCAAGUAUCAAAAAUGUGGCAAAAUGCCUCCCCCUCCAACUAAAACAAGUCAGUUUUGAACCACUUCCCUCAUAAAAAGAGCGGGCGUGCUUUUGAAAUCGGAGUUUUUCACUUGGAGAGGGAAGUAUUUUGCUGCAUUUUUGAUACUUCCCGGAUGCAAAAUGGUACGUUUUUGGCCAAUGGAUCAGGUCCGCCACUAUAGUUAGCAAAUUAUAUGCGGGAUUUUAAGCUGCUCUGAGUACUAGGCCGUUCGCAAAGUCGUUGGAAAGAUUUUUGGUGGCACGCACUGUGCGAAAAAAAUCGGGGUGCGAGUAACACCCAAAAAAGCCUAUUGCGCUGUGAAAAAAGCGAAUCGAAAAGACCUAAAAUUCGUAUUGUUUUCUGAUAUGAGUAACAAAACAGUUUACAAUGACAUCUUUUCUAAAGUGGCGGACCUGAUCCAGUGACAAAAAACGUUCUAUUUUGCAUCCGGGAAGUAUGAAAAAAUGUCGCAAAAUUCCUCCGUCUCCAAUUGAAAAAACUCAGAUUUCAGAAGCUCGCCCGCUUUUUUUGUGAGGGCGCUUCAGAUCGAAGUUUUUUAGUUUAGAGAGGGAGGCAUUUUGCCACAUUUUUUGAUACUUCCCGGAUGCAAAAUGGUACGUUUUUUGCCACUGGAUCAGGUCCGUCACUGUAAUUUUUUUGCCAUAAAAUCUCAAGCUAAAUUACAAUAAAAAUAUCUGUUUCCUCAAAUUUUUUAAACAUUGUAAAAUACGCCACCUUCAAUAUUAACCAAAUAAAAUUAUUAAUUUCAGGUCCAAUGAUUGUGAUCCGAGUGCUGCGUGUGCUUCGGAUCGCGCGGAUAUUCAAGCUGGCCAGAUACUCGAUUGGGUUGCGCGCUUUCGGCGAUACGAUGAGAAAAUCAGCGGCAGAGUUGUCGAUGCUGGGAAUGUUUCUUCUUACGGGUAAGCCCACAAAAUUCUGUUGACAUGGGCAUUAAACUAACCUACUUUUACUGCUUUGAUUUUCAGGUAUAAUGUUAUUUUCAACUGCAAUCUACUUUUUCGAACGUGAUGAGCCGAACUCGAAAUUUUAUUCGAUUCCCGCCGCGUGGUGGUGGUGUAAGUUUUUAAAAUACGGUCCGUGAAUUUUUGCGAUCUUUAUUAAGAGUCUUCAUUGUUGUAAUUUCAGGUGUGGCGACGAUGACAACUGUUGGGUAGGUCUCUGUUUAAUAUUUUUCUUGUAAAAUCAGUAAAAAUUAAAGUACCCAAAUGCUUAUUAUUUAAUUUGCAGCUACGGUGAUUUGGUGCCAGUUACGGCCGGUGGUAAGGUUGUGGCGGCAGUGGCCAGUGUUUGCGGUAUUAUUGGUGAGUUAUAAAGACAACUUGAUUCUCUCAUCUAUUUUAUCAAAAAUAGCCGAGAUUUUACAUUGGAAUAUUCCUAGAAACUUGUAGAAAAUUAGUAGAAGUGUGAAGCUCAAUGAAUUUCUUGACUGUCCCAAGUACUGUCCGUUCGCAAAGUCGCUGGAUUGUUCUUUGUAACGCGCACUAUGCAAAAAAGUGAGGUGCGAGCGACACCCGAAAAAAUCGAAAAAUUUAGCUUUGCACUGUGCAAUAAGCCGAAAAUCGCACAGUGCAAAGAGGAAUUUUGUUUUCUCACAACGCAUGUCGCCGAAAUCACUCCAGCGACUUUAGGAACAGUCUAGUAAAUGGGGACCUUAACAUUGUUAAAUUUAUAAGGUUAAACGUUGGUCACCGUAGUGUAAUGUAUUUAUUUAUCAUCCGAAGCAGUUUUUGAGUAAAAGUAACCCUUGACAAGUCAAGAUUUUGGUAUAUUCCGACGAUUUACAGUAAUUUUGGCCUAAAUUGUCAUCAUUACUAGUCCUUUCGGAAAGUCGCCGGACUGAUUUUUUUGAGGAAAAGUCAGGGUACGAGCGACAGCCGAAAAAAGCUUAUUUCACGGCGCAAAAUUCCAACCUUACUUAAAACCCUACCCUUUUUUAACGACCUCUAAAAAGCCCAUCGACAUUUACAUCCACAUAUAAAUAUUAAAAAAUACUUUCAAUUUCAGUACUCGCUUUCCCCAUUUCGAUGAUUUUGGACAAGUUCGCGGAGUCGACGGGCGAUUGGAAGAAGGACGAUUACCCUCAAAUGCCCCUCCCUCGGACCAUGGAAAUGAAUAAUAACAAUCGAUACAAGUCGAUGAGGAAGUCGAAACGCUACGUUUUUUGA